UAUAGGAAGUACACAGGGCAAAAGAGCCCAACAAAAGGAGAACCGAGAAAAAGUAAAAAGAGAAGAUGGCACGCGAGGCUGGAGGAAAGGAAGGGUACUGGACGGGCCUGGCGGCGCGGAGGUGCGACUCGUGCAAGGUAGCGGCGGCGUUGCUGUACUGCCGGGCUGACGCGGCCUACCUGUGCGGGGGGUGCGACGCACGGGUGCACGAGGCAAACCGACUCCCUUCCGGCCACGAGCGCGUGUGGUUGUGUGCGGUGUGUGAGCAGGCGCCUGCCGUCGUCACCUGCAAGGCCGACGCCGCUGCCCUUUGCGAGUCCUGCGACGCCGACAUCCAUUCCGCCAACCCCCUCGCCCGCCGCCACGAGCGAGUCCCCAUCGUCCCCUUCGUGGAGCCCCUCGCCGCUCACGUCAAGCCAUCCUCGGCCGCCGCUGCGUUCCCGUUCGGCGCGGCAGUUUGCGCCGGCGACGGCAACAACGAGGAAGACGAGAACGACGCGGGGGCCGAUGCCUCAUGGAUUCUCCCGAACCUUGGCCAUGCUCACUCCAAGGGCUUGACGGGAGCGCCGGAUCUUAAAUCAGCGGACUACUUCUUCUCAGAUGUGGAUCCUUACCUCGAUCUGGAGUACGCUACUUCGAUGGACGCGCGAUUCCACCAGAUGGAUAGUGUCGUACCCGUCAACGGCAAGGCCGCUGGCGUCGACGGCGGAGCCCCGCCGCUCCCUUCGUUUCUUCCUCCCGAUGCUGGCGUCGAGAUCGAUUUCUCUCCAUCCGAGCCCUCGUACAGCACCCACACCACCUUCUCCAUGAGCCACAGCGUGUCGUCGUCGGAGGCGGGAGUGGUGCCGGACGGGAGCGGCGCGACGACGGACGUGACGAAUCCGCACGGCGGCGUCCCCGAGAAGGCGGCGGCCCAGAUGGACAGGCAGGCAAGGGUGAUGCGGUACCGGGAGAAGAGGAAGAGCCGGCGGUUCGAGAAGACGAUCCGGUACGCCUCGCGGAAGGCGUACGCGGAGACGCGGCCGCGGAUCAAGGGCCGCUUCGCCAAGCGGACGGACAUCGAGGCGGAGGUCGACCGCAUCUACUCCGCCGCCGCCGCAGCCGCUGCGGCUCUCAUGGCGGACACCGGCUACGGCGUCGUCCCCUCCUUUUGAGGGCAACCUCUUCUUCUGCCUCUGAACUGUAACGUACUGAUAUCCUUAAUGCUCUCUCUCUCUUCCUGAUUGAGUCACUUCCCUUCCAGCUUCGAUAUUUUAUAUAUAUCUAUGGUAAAAAUAAGCUGUAAAAUAGACGCUCUUAUCUGGGCGCGAAAAUUGAAGCAUAAUUUUGGAGGGAAGAUGAGAUUCUGGUUCCUCUUCCCUUUGGUCA